AGUUUUGAGUUUUGAGAGGAACACCCUUUUCUCAAAUGUCCUCUUCUUCCUCGAUCCAAUCAAUUUUCAAUCUUCAUUACAAUUACAAGUAGCCAUGUCAUGGCUCCCUCGUUCUUUAGCGAACUCUCUCCGUCUCGAUGAAGAAGAAGAAGAGGAAGAAGGAGACAAGGACAAAACCCAAAACUACCAUUUCUCCAAUUCUCGCGGGAACGAAGAUUCAAUUUACCAGGAAAUGGAUUUAGAAAAUCGAUUUGAUAAUACUGUUGAUUCCUUUGAUGUUAACGAAGGUGGUGGUGUUAAGGAAGACUUAUCGGAGCUGAAACAAACUUUAACUCGUCAACUAUGGGGUGUGGCUUCAUUUCUCGCCCCUCCUCCACCUCCUCCGCCGUUGCAGGUGGUUCGGACAGUGAAAUUGGAUCUGAACCGGAUAGAGUCGGUAGAUCGAUCUAAUUUAAGUGGUGAAUCAGAGAAGGAAUAUGUGGGGAAUUAUCUAGGAUAUUCGAAUUAUGAGGAGGAGGAGGAGGAAGUGGAGGAUAGUGUUUAUGAUGCUGUUGGAGUAACUAAUGAAGCGUUAACCUUCGCUAGAAAUAUAGCUCAUCAUCCGGAGACUUGGUUGGAUUUUUCCUUAGAGGAAGAGGAGUUUGACGAUUUUGAGAUGUCUGAAACCCAACAAAAGCAUGCAUUUGCUGUUGAACGUCUGGCACCAAGAUUAGCUGCACUCAGAAUUGAACUUUGCCCUGUCCAUAUGAGUGAGGGUUACUUUUGGAUGGUUUAUUUUGUUCUUCUCCACACAAGACUUAAUAAACAUGAUGCUGAGCUUUUGUCUACACCCCAGCUUGUGGAAGCAAGGUCUCUGUGGAUGCAAGAACCGCAAAAGAAGACAAAACCCGACUCAGAUUUUUUUGGUAUGAAUACACUUUUCAUGAAGGAGAGCACAUAUUCACCACAUGAAAGCUUUGAUUGUACCUUGCCCGAAGAUGCUCACUGUAAAUAUUUUAUGCCCCAAAGAAGUUUUGGAUUUGAGCGUACAACUUACCAUAGCAUUCAUGACAUUGAAACUGAGAAGCUCGAGCAUGGAAGUACAAAGAUCCAGUUUAUUGAUGAGUCUAUUAUUGUAGAAAAUCCUCCUAGUAAGAUCUUAGAAAAGAAGUUGGUGGCUGGUCCAUCUAAACCAUUGUUCUUGGAUUAUGAUGAGCAUGAGGAUGAUUGGGUACAAGAUAUUGAAGAGUCAGAGUGCUACUCUGGCACCGGCAUUUUAAUGGGAAAUGAGGAGGAAAUUUCAUUUAGUGAUCUUGAGGAUGAUAUUGAUUGUUCGAUGCCAGUGAAAUCAAAGCUAUUUUAGAAAAUUGGUAGCAUCACCCAGUAUCUCCUGAACUGGCUUCUCGCCAGAGCUUCUGAUUUAUUCUUGUUGGACCCAUAGCAUGCUAUGACCUCGUCUGAAGGGGAAUAAAGUGUGGUUGGAUGUUUCCAUGGUCCAGGCUCAUCAUGCUGAAUCUUAACCUGUUCUGGCAACAUGGAAGUUCACACUUCAUGAGUGAUAUACGAUCUUGCUUUUCAUACUUGCUGCAUUUCGGGGGUCCCAUUUUUGGAUGUCGGCCUUCCUUCUAUCAUGAACGUCACAAGCAAGCUAUUGCGAGAUGCCUAAAAUUGCAUCAUAGUGUAAAUUUGUAAUCCAUGUGUAAUUGUAAAGUGGGUUUCUUCCUUUUGAUAUACCUUCAAUUCAUUUCAUUUUUUAGGUCG